GGGAAGUUCCAACUUCUGGUUUUGAGGCAGGCCAGUGGUUCCUGGCCUGUGUGUAUUCGUAUUUAAAAUCAUUAUACAAGCUUUCUGCCAUUUUGCGGGGCGUUUGGGCCAGCUCUUGCAGCUACAAAAUACAAAGCGGUUUUUCGCUGUCACAUGUCCCCUCUGAGGGCCCGUUUGCUGAUUGGAGAGGCGCUUCCAGCGUAUUCUGCCCCUCUAGCAAUACUUAUCUCGGCCCUUCACAUAGGACUGGUCUAACCGUCUGAAAGCAAAGUUGCUAACUGACUCAGGAGGGUCGGCGCUCUGCGCCUUGAUUGAUUUUCGCACGCAGACUCCCUUGAGCACCCUGUUCAGGCGCGCGCUGUGAUUUGGAGCGCACUUAGAGGUGAUGCACGUCGCUGUGGAGGUCGAGCUGCCCGGGCUACCCGAGGAAUCCCCCAUCGGCGCCCAGUCCAACAGAGCCGGCGAAGCACCCGAGAACAAUGGCGCCGAACGCAACGCGACAAUUGCUGGAAGCAUUGGCGAGCCACACCCGGUGGACCUGGCGUGGAAGGGCCUGACCGUGACCAGCCGCAAGACGCAGCGCGCGCUGCUCUCCAAUGUCGCGGGUGCCAUCACAGACGGUUUCUACGCAAUCAUGGGUCCGUCUGGGUCCGGCAAGUCCACGUUGCUCAAUGCUCUGGCCUGCCGUCUAGAUCAUGGCGUGAAACUGGAGGGCGAGCUGAAGCUGAACGGCCAGAACUACAGCCACGCCGAGCUGAAAAAGGUGUCGGGCUACGUGAUGCAGGACGACUUGCUGAACGCGCACCUGACGGUGGAGGAGACGCUGCGCUACACGGCCGAGCUGCGUCUGCCGCGCACCACCACCCCCGAGGAGCGCCAGGAGCGCGUGCAAACGGUGAUGGAGCAGGUGGGGCUGGCGCACGUGCGUAACGUCAUCGUGGGCAGCCCCAUGAAGAAGGGCAUCAGCGGCGGCGAGCGCAAGCGCCUGUGUGUGGCCAUGGAGUUGCUGACGCGGCCCAAGUUGCUGUUCCUGGAUGAGCCCACCUCCGGCCUGGACAGCGUCACAGCUCUGUCGCUGUGCCGCCUGCUGCGCCGCCUGGCCAUGACCCGCACCUGCACCGUCGUCACUACCAUCCACCAGCCCCAGGCCAAGAUCUUCCACCUGUUUGACCAGCUGCUGCUGCUCAACCGCGGCACCAUCGUGUACCAGGGCCCGGCCCAGGACGCACUGGACUUCUUCGACCGCUCUGGCUUCCCCUGCCCCGCACACGAGAACCCCGCCAACCACUUCCUGGACGUGAUCACGCCCAACCUCAACGACUCAGUCGAGUCUCUGACAGCUAAGGAGGAGAGCCUGAAGAGGCACUACCAGCCGCCGCCGGUGCAGCACCUGCUGGAUAACCCGCGGCCCCUGGUGCUGCCGCGGGACAGCACGCCGUGGCACAAGCAAUUCCGUGUGCUGCUGCGUCGCUCGCUGAAGGAGGUGUGGCGCAAGCGCAACACCACAUUAAUGCUUCUGUUCCUGACCGUCAUUAUGGCGGUGCUCGUGGGCACUGUGUUCUUGCAAAUUGGCACGGACCAGAAGUCGGCUGUGCGCCGCCAACCCGUGCUGUUCUUCUGUGUCGUCAAUCAGGGUAUGUUCGGCGCCCUUAUUGUCAUCAACAGCUUCCCAGCGGAGCGCAUGCUCAGCCUGCGGGAGCGCGCGGCCGGCACCUACCACGUGUCCGCCUACUUCCUGGCCAAGAUCACGGCGGAGGCGCUAUCGCAGCUGCCGGCGCCCAUCCUCUUCUCCUGCAUCGUGUACUUCCUGGUAGGGCUGCAGCCUGUGGCGGCGAAAUUCUUCAUCUUCAUGGGCUUCAUGAUCCUUUGCAGCGUCGCCGCGACGUCCCUGGCCCUGGCGGUGUCGGCUCUGGCGCGCACCACAGACAUGGCCGUGACCAUCCUGCCGCUGGUGCUGGAGGUUUGCCGUCUGUUUGGCGGGUUCUACCUCAGCCCGCGAAACCUGCCCACGUACUUUUCCUGGCUGGACGCGCUGACGUACGUCAAGUACACGUACGUGGGCAUCUCCCUCAACGAGCUGGACGGCUUGGCGCUGACGUGCACCCCCGCGCAGCUGGACGCGGCGGGCAGGUGCCCCAUCACCAGCGGCCAGCAGACCAUCGAUGCGCUGGGUCUGGACUAUCUGACCAUGGGCCAGUGCGCCGGCAUCCUGGUCGCCUACAUCUCCAUCUGCUGCGGCGCCGCCUACCUGGGCGUGCGCUUCCUAAAGCACUAAAACAAGCAAAAGCUGCCGUAUUGCAUUAUUAUGUACUCCAACGCGCUGAACGCUGCUACCCUGCUGCUUCUCCGCACUGUGGCAUUUGGAAGGCACUGCUGAUAUAUACACACACGCACGUUGUCUGCGGUGGACGGAGCACAACCCAUACAAUUCACCUGCCGC